CUCCGCAGAGCCCGCCGCGGUGCGGGGCCGCCCUCCCCGCCGCCGCGCCGGGACGGAGGGCCGGGCUGGCCGCGCCACCGCAGAGCGGCCGUGAGGGGCGGGCGGAGCGCGCACCCCGCGGCGGGAGCGCCGGGGGCAGCCGGGUCCGGCGGCGGGAGCAGGGCAGCGCGGUGCUGAACGGACAGCGCCCGCGGGCACCGCCCGCCCGCCCCGCCCCGCCCCGCCCGGGCAGCCAGCGGGAGCCCCGGGAGCGGGGCGGGGGGACCCGGCCUCCGCCCGCCCGCCCGCCCGCCGCCGCCCUGCCCGGCGCGGCCGGCACCGCGGCCCCGUCCUGCACCCGCGGGAGCAGCUCCCCGGGCGCCGCGCACCGCCCGCCGCCGCCCGCCCGCUGCGCCGAUGCCGGGCGUUGGGGCGGUCGGAGCGCGGUGCAGGCACCGGCCGCGCAGGAGCCCCAGGAAGAGCCCCAAGGCGGAGCCGGACCAGGCCGGGGCCGCCAUGGACGCGGCGAUUUGGAUCUACCAGUUCCGGCUGAUCGUACUGGGCGACUCCACCGUGGGCAAGUCCUGCCUCUUGCACCGCUUCACUGAGGGCCGCUUCCCGGGGCCGCUGCACUCCGACCCCACCGUGGGGGUGGACUUCUUCUCCCGGCUGGUGGAGAUCGAGCCCGGCAAGAGGGUCAAGCUGCAGCUCUGGGACACGGCGGGGCAGGAGCGGUUCAGAUCUAUAACACGCUCUUAUUACCGCAAUUCGGUGGGUGGCCUAUUAGUGUUCGACAUCACAAAUCGACGAUCUUUUGAGCACGUGAAAGACUGGCUGGAAGAAGCAAAAAUGCAUGUGCAGCCCUUUCAGAUUGUGUUCCUGUUAGUAGGACAUAAAUGUGACUUAGUGUCACAGCGUGAGGUUACGAGAGAAGAAGCUGAAAAACUGUCAUCUGACUGUGGUAUGAAAUAUAUAGAAACUUCAGCAAAAGAUGCCACGAAUGUUGAGGAGUCCUUUACAAUUCUUACCCGAGACAUCUACGAACUUGUAAAAAAAGGAGAAAUCUCAAUACAAGAUGGAUGGGAAGGUGUCAAGAGCGGCUUUGUUCCAAAUGUUGUACAUUCGUCAGAAGAAGCUGUAAAGCCCAGAAGACAGUGCAUCUGCUGAGUUUGUAGCAUGCCAAAGAGCACGUCAGGUGUUCAGAAGAUGAUGCCAACCUAAAUAACAGAAUAAUAAUUUUGAAACAAUAUUAGAUCAUGACAUAGCUGAAUCAUAGAACGGUAAUUUGGCUUUUUUUAUCCUUCUGACUAGGUCAUAAUUUCAUAAAACUUUAAGUGCUUGCUUUCUUUUCAGAGUACAAUAACUUUGUGUGGUCUUCAGGAAAAGAAAUUAUAUCUUACUAAAGGAAAAACUAAUCCUAUAGCAAGACACUGAGAAGUGCAAUAAUCAUCAUGACGACAUCCUCUCCUGGGCUUUGUAUUUUGAAUACUGUUUAAAAUCAAGGCUUGCUAGGUGAGGGUCAGAUGAGCUCAUUACUUUUGUUCAUCCUGCCUUAGUUUUGAACAAGAAAAUCUUGUACCUUAUACUUUUUUAAUGUGAUUCUUUACUCAAGUGCAGGGUUGCUAAAGACCAUUAAAGUUUAGAAUGCUGUAGAAUUUCAUAAUAAAGGUAACUCUAACGAAAGCAA